CGACCAGGAGGUGACAAAACAGCAGGCCACCAUGAGCCAAGUGACAAUCAAGGAUGUAGAAGUCCUCAACUGUGAAUAUGGCAAGAAUACAAUUAAGUUCCUUCGCCUUCAUAAAGAAGGCAAGAAGCAUUUCGUUAAGGAGGUGGAAGUGUGCACACAUCUCCGUCUGACUUCAGCUCACGAGUACCUGGAUGGAAACAACUCCUUUGUGAUACCUACAGACACCAUAAAGAAUAUUGUCCUUGUGUUGGCCAAAAAAAAUGGGAUCCCCACUUUGGAACAAUUUGCCAUAGAUAUCUGCAAACACUUCAUGACAACAUUUUGCCAAGUGGCGUAUGUCAAAAGCUACGUUCAAGAAGUACCAUGGCGACGUCAAUAUGAGAAUGGUGUUCCCCACAUCCAUUCAUUCAUAUACGUUCCUGAUGGGAUCCGUUUUUGUGAAGCAGAGCAGUGCAGAAAUGGUCCUCUGGUUGUUUAUGCUGGAAUUAAAGAUUUGAAACUUAUGAAGACAACACAGUCUGGAUUUGAAGGCUUCUAUAAGAAUGAACACACCACGCUUCCUGAAAGGAAUGACAGGAUUUUAUGUGGAGAGUUGUUUUGCAAAUGGUCAUACGGCGAAUGCAAGGAUUUUGACUUUGACUGCAUAUGGAACAAAGUCCGUGAAUGUAUCCUUGAAGCUUUUUCUGGGCCACCUGACUGUGGUGAAUAUUCACCCUCUUACCAGAAAACUGUCAACUCUAUCCAGAUGUUCAUCCUUUCCAAAGUGCCACAGGUACAGGUCAUAGAAGUUGUCUUGAACAACACCUUCUAUAAUGUUGUAGACAUGAAGAAUCUAGGCUUGACCAAUGACAAAGAAGUUCUGGUUCCAGUGGAAGCUCCCUAUGGCUCCUGUGCUUGCACACUUGGCAGGAAGAAGUUCCUAGAAGGACAAGGCUGUGUGAUAAAAGAUGAGAGGCAAAGUAACUUUGGACUGGCAGCUGCCUGUGGAAACUAAAUUGUUUGGCUACACUCAUACCUUUCCCGAUAAGCUUAACAGUAUGGCUUUCCUAUCAACAUACACUCCUUGUUAGCUUCUUCUACUGUUGACUGCUUUCCUCUCUGUGAGGCUGGGAUUUCUGAAGGACCCUCAGGAAUUCAGAAAUCAAAGGCUGUCACUAAAUCUCAGCAUGAUUUGCAGAUUGAAAUCCCCGACACUCUUUUGAAGAUCCCAGCUGGAAACAUUAUAGUUAGUUAAUUUUUUAAGCGGCUACUCCCAGACCUCUUUAUGAAACAAUGAAUUUGAUAACGUCUGUAACACGUUUUUGACGUGUCAAAACAGCAACCCUCUAUAUUCUAUUUAUUAAUGUUUCUUCAGUAAAGUGAAUAUACAGGCACAAGCCCAGAUGCUUCAUUGACAUAAUCUGUCAUGACCCCUUGAUGCCGCACUGAUCUCCAGAGCUGACCCAGUAACUGAACAG